AUGUUAAAUGACUUGAGCAAUAAAAAAUUAAAAGAAGAGUUCAAAAAGUAUCAGAAAUACUAUGUAGACCUCCUAAUUUCAGAAAAACAGAAACAUUUUGAAAGUGUCAUUCAGAACUCAAAUAAUAUCUCCAAAACAUCAUGGUCACUAGUAAAUAGAGAAAUAUGUAAAUCUGGGAAACAUACAACUGAAAAUCACUUGCUGAUAAAUGGCACAAUAGAAACUGAUCAGAAUAAGAUAGCAGAUCUAUUUAACAAUUACUUUGCUUCUGUUGGCUCCAGCAUACACAAUCAGCUUAAAAAUCAUAAAUACAAAUUCAGAGGAACACCAGUGUCAGGAAGUAUAUUUUUGACGCCAACAAGUAAAGAAGAAAUAAUUAAAAUAGUGGGUAGCUUAAACAAUUCCCAUGCAGCAGGAUAUGAUGGUCUUAGUCAGGACACUCUUAAGAAAUGUAUACAUAAAAUUGCAUCACCUUUAUCAACAGUUAUCAAUUCUCAUAUGGAAGAUGGUCUAUUUCCAGAUGAGUUGAAAAUUGCCCAAAAAGUAAUAUACAUAAGAAUCUGGAACUUCCUGGUAUGCAAAAAAGUGAUUUCUAAGGGGCAGUAUGGGUUUGUCAAGGGGUCAUCCACCAUUAAAGCAGCAUCCAACUUAAUUGAAGGUGUCACUCAAGCAAUAGAUAAUAAAGAACAUGUAUGUGUCAUCUUUGUAGACUUACAAAAAGCAUUUGACUAUGUUGAUACGACCAUAUUGCUGGACAAACUGUGA